AUGACGGAAGCAGAAAAAAUAAAAGUAGAGAAACCCGAUUUCGAUGCCUAUAAUGAAAAGCUGGGGAAUAUAUCGGAGUCCAUCGAUGAAAUUAAAAAGAAAAUUGAUAACUUGCAGAAGGAAAUAAAAGUCGCUAGCAAAGGAAGAGAGGAGUACAACAAAAAGAAAAAGGACAUAGUAUCAAGAAUAGAUUCUUUUCAACAUGAAAUUGAUAAAUUAGAAAAUGAAAGAAGAAAUAUUUUAGACGAUAUUGAAAAAAGACAAAAACAUAAAAGGGAGUUAAGAGUAAAUGCACAGAAUUUAAAAAAACAAGUUGGAUUUGAGAAUGAACAAGAUAUUGAAAAAAAAGUCAGAGAAAUAGAAAAUAAAUUAAUGACUUCAACUAUAUCAAUAAAAGAAGAAAAAUUAUUAAUCAAUCAAAUCCUAACCCUCAAUAAGAACAAGCCACUCCUCUCUUCCUACAGCAAAAUUGAAAACGCAGCCAGUAAGUACGACGACGAGGAGAUAGUUCCCUUGAAGAGCAGAAUGGAUGCUAUCAGGGAGCAGAUUAACAAAUUGAGAAAUGAAAAGAAAAACGAAAGAAAUAAAUUAAAAGAAUUGCAAAAUAGUUAUCAAGAGAAAAAUAACAAGCUAAAUGAACUUAAUAAUUUACGUGGUAAUUAUUCAAAAAAAAUGAAUCAUUAUUUUAUGGAAAGACGUAAUAUAACAGUAGAGAUGGAGGAAAAGAAACAACAAUAUAGGAGUUAUAAAUUAAAUUUAUUACAACAGAAACAACAAAAGAUGAAAGAAGAUAGAGAAAGAAAAAAUCUUGAAUUGGAAAAACAAUCAUUAGAGAAAGACUUAGAGGAUAUUGAUUUAUUGCCAUAUAGAGAAGAAUUAGCAUUAAUAGAAAAUAUGCUAGCUUAUUUGAAAAAAAUACAAGAUGAAGCUAAAUUGGAUGAGGCAAAAAAACAGCAAAAUGGUCCAUCAAAUAAAAAAGUUAAUGGAAAUGUUCAAGUUUCCGAGGAUAAUAAUAAACAAGACAGUAACACAGAUGUGAAGGAAAAAAACGAAAAAAACGAGAAAAACGAAAAAAACGAAAAAAACGAAAAUAAGAAAACAAAAAAUAAAAAGGAUAAACAAAAAAUAUUUAAACUAGACAUGAACAUUCUUUGUUAUUUUGUAACAGCCGGGAUAGACCCGCCUGUGAGUUUUGAUGAAGUAGAUUCGUGUAUACAAAAGUUACAUGAAAAGAAAGCUAUGUACGAGCAGAAGCGCGAUGAGAGUGUCAAGAACGUGGAAAACAAAAGGGCUGAUUUGGCGGGAAAGUUAAAGGAAAUUGAAGAGAAGCUCUCCUCAUACAAACAAAAUGAGUCAAAGGUCAUGAAGGCAAACAAGGCCAAGGCUUAA